UCUUUCCCCUCACAUCAAGUUUAUUGACGCUCGGCAUCUGUCUCUCUGCGUCCUUGAAUCCUUUCAAUAGAGAAAUCACAUAGUGUGCCUGUCGCUUUUCAUUCACCGAUGGCCACAUUCUCAAAGUCCCGCGCCAUUUGUGAUGGACGGGCAGCAGCCAAGACAAUUAGGUCCUCAGCGGCACCGUAUUAUUGAUAAUUCUGCUUUGGGCCAAAUUAACGGUCCGACCAGCGGCAGCAACGCGUUUCCCCCAUCGCAGGCUAUCCGCCAUCCGAAUCAUAUGCAAUUGAAUGGUUCCCUUGUGCGCCCUCCCAACAUGACGGUCGGAGGCCCCCAGCCCAACAUCGCGCUGCCCAACCAGAGCGCCUUGCAACCGGGCACUGUCUAUCUCAUCCGGAGUCCUUCGGGGGAGCUGCAGUUGGUGCGCUUGGCGCCGCAGGCCGGUCCCAAUAUCGCCGGAGGCGUCCAGAGGCCCGGUUUGCUCAAUACGUCCUUCGCAAAUGUCGUUCGAUUUCCCACGCCCAACCUUCCUGGCCAGCAGGCCCCUCACCAACCCGUCCAGGGCGCUUCCUCGGGCCAGCUACCACCGGGCAUCCCCAGCCAAGUGGGUCCCCCUGGCGUGGUCGGAGGCCAUGCUCUGUCUUCGGGGGCAAGCGGCAUGCCCUCCCAUCCCGGUCAACCGAUGCACAUGCGCCCUCAAUCCGGUAUGAUGCCCCACGGAAUGCCUCCUGGGGCUCCAUCCGGUCCUCCUUCGGGUCCGGGACCAGGGGGUGGCCCGGCUGGACCAAGACCGAUCGAUGAUCCUCUGAAAAAGGCCCAGCAGUUCUUCGGGGCUUUGCUCAGCAUGUCCAAAAACCAGACUCCCAGCAUGUAUCCGACGGCCAGGGAUCUGCUACAACAACUGGUGGACGCGAGGAUCAAUCCGGACAUGUUCGCUCAGCGAUUACAGGAGGAGCUGAAGUCAACACCCCAACCGAUUCUCGCACCUCUACUUCGGAGUUGUUUGGCUCAGUUGCGCCAGCAGCUGGCCACCGGAGAGAUCCUGAUCGAUGGCAUCCAACCGCCUCCCAACGCUGCCCUUGCCAUCAGCGAUCCAAACCUUACUUUGAACAGUAUUAUGCCUAAUCUUCCUGCACCAUCUCCGACGGACAGCCACGUGCCUCGGGGUGCGCCACCGCCGACGGCGGCUGAAUCACCGCGUCCUGCCCCUGCCAAGUCCGGUGGUAAAGGCAAGGGCGCCAAGAGUGCGGCCGCUGCUGCUGCAGCCGCCGCGGCGGUCAACGCUAAUUCCGAACAGCAUCCUGCCUUUGCUUCCGUACCGCCUCUUUCCACGCACACAAAACCGGAAAGAGCACCCAAGGCUCCCAAGCCCCCACCGGCAGAGAAAAAAGCCGCAGCCAAACAAAAGCGACAGAAAGAGAUACAAGAGACACGGGCACGACUAGAGCAGGAAAUGGCCAAGGCUCCUCCCACUCUCGGACAAAAAGAAUCUAAAGAGCACAAAGCCGAUGAGGACGAACUGAACGACGUGGCGGCCAUGGGUGGUGUGAACCUGAAUGAAGAAAGUGCCAAACUAUCCUCGGCGGAGCUUGUGGGUACGCAAACAAGGAGUAUUGGCGAUGAUCACACGCUGAUGGCUCAUGAUUCUGUUAAGCGGAGGGUGCUGAGUGCUGUGAAAGGAUACGUACAAGACGACCUUCCCGGUGAGGUGCUGACUAUUAUUUCCCAUGCCGUUGAAGCUCGACUAAGGAACUGCUGUGAACGCUUGAACAUCAUUGCUGAACAUCGCUCGGAGAGUGUUCGAGGUCAUCAGCAUUACAAGGUGACUCAGGACAUUCGUGGGCAGAUGCGGUUCAUGGAAGAGCUAGAUAAAGUAGAAAAGCGCAAGCGUGAAGAAGAAGAGAAAGAAACAUUCCUUAAGAUCGGCAAGAGUCGGAAUCGGCCGGAAGAUCCUGAGCAUAUGAAAAUGAAACAGCGGGCGAAAGAGAUGCAAAGAGUAGAACAAGAAGAGCUGCGCACAAAAGAAGCCAACGAAGCGGCGCUGGCUGCUCUAGGCAGUGGUCCUCGAAAAAAGCCCAGACUAGAACAGACAACCGCUGUUGUGGAUGGCUCUUCCGGCGGAGCGAGCACGUCGAUGAUCACCAGUAUAUCUCGCUCCGAAAUCCGGUCUCAGCCGUAUCGACCGAAAAUCAAACGGGCUAGUUUACGGGAUGUGAUUUUCAUGAUGGAAACCAAUGGAAAACUGAGUAAAUCUCCUCUACUCUACCAGCUUCUCCAUCAGCUUAAAUGAUGACAGGGACAGCGUCGUCGACGCGGAUCCUGAUCGUAUUCUCGAGAUUGACCAAAAAACCCUGUUGCGCCGUGUCAGUGCGCAGUCGCCCUAUGCGUGCGUUGUUAGAUGUUUUGUACAAAAUUUAACCGUGUAAACAAAAUAGACUUUUUUGUUUUGUAAAGUGUGAGUGUUUUGAUGAUAGUUUUAAUUAGUUGGAUCGUGUUGUUAAGCGGAAUCGACUUUGACAAAGUUGGAGAGUACUGGAACGCCCUUUUUAACUGUGAUGUGCUUUGGCUGUUUGCGGGUGCGUGUUCGUUGUGUUGGACACUGUUGGCAAACGACACCCUGUUAGCUUCUUUUUAAACUAUACCAGUGACUGAUCAAAUCCAAAUUAUUAUUUAGCUACUAGCAUUUAUGGAACGUUUGCUUAUUUCGGUAUCUUAUCUGAACUUGUUUGCUCUAAAAAAAUCGAUGUGAACGUGUUCAGUUUGAUGAAGAACGAAAUUCAGUUGUAUCGUUUGCAGUGUGGUUUUAUAAUCGUGUCUGCAGUUUGCAAACCAGUUUUGAUCCCAAACAAAUGAACGGAACUGCU